CCCACCUUCAUUUUUUAUCGCUCGACGCGUCAAUAUUUGGCUUCUGUUAUUAACAUAUAUGAUCGCAUAUAGUCACGUGUUUUAUAGAGAUUCAUUUUUCACUAUUCCUUUUCUCUACCUAAUACGAUAACUUAUUUCGAACCGAUGCUUCGUGAGGAGGAAGCCCUACGGUAGAGGGAAGAUGAGAAGAUGGAUCCCGACUAGAGGUUCAGUAUUUUCAGGCCUUCGCGGCCGAAACUUAAGUGGCUUAAGAUGCUUUAGCAUCGCUGUCAAUAAUGUAGAGCGAGUGAGUUUUCGCACCGGCUCUUCGGGCUUUGCUACUAUUGAUCUACAUAACAUUGCCAAAGUGCCAUCACCAGGCCCUUUAUUGAUAUAUUUACCACCAUACUCAACAGCCUUUUCAGACAGGCCUGCAGAAUUGCCAAGAUUUAUCCAGAGAUGGCCAACUGCAGUAAUAAACUACCGUUGGGUUGGCUACCCCCCUUCCGAGGAUACAGCUACACAUUCUUCAAAAUCCGAUACGGACCCAGCAGAGAAUGAAGAUGAGGAUGAAAUGUCUCAUCUCGCUUGGCCAUCACCCAUCCACGACACAGCAAGGGCGUAUGAGUGGAUCGUAGAGAAUCUCGGCCCAGCAAACUACACACGUCGGGAUAUAUACGUUUACGGCUCUUAUCUCGGCGCCUCACUAGCAGUAUCGUUAACCCUUACAGAAACCCAUCCCCACGCGCGGAUGGGUAUUCGAGGAUGUGUCGCCUACAACGGGAUAUAUAACUGGACUACAUUUCUCCCUGACCACCGAAUCAAUGAGAAGCCACAGCACCAAUCGCGGAAUAUACUCGAAGAGAUUCUCGGCCACCCAGCCGAGGACCCCGAAUUCCAAGAGCUGAAGCAGCACAGGGAAGCACUGUUCACAAAACCCGGUUACCUCUUCGAUCCCUUCGCGAGUCCCUGCCUGUUCUUCCACACACCAGGAAUUUUCGUGCCGCCAGAUUUCAACUCAACGGCUCUCUCACCGGCGGAAUUGCUUCCGGAAGAUCUUGCCCUGCUACCGGACGAUGCGCCGGAACUAUUCAUGCCCACGAAAUCGCCGAGGAAAAGCACGCUUAUAUUCCCACCCAGGAAGUCGACGUUAAAAAUCCCCGAGGCGCUACUACUGCAUUCCUCGCCCCCUCAGAUGCCACCCUCGCUUUGGAGGCGACGGCAGAGGCGCAAGAAGAUCGCACAGAACAAUUUUAGGACUCAAGCCGAAGAUCUCGCCGGCUUGAUGCGUCGCAGUAUCGAUAAGGUCGAGCUGAAGGAACGCUCUAGGUGGGAUGAAAGCGACAGCUGGGACGAAGAGGCUGCUAGGAGAGUUCAGCUUCAGAACGUGGGGUUAGGCAAGGGUGGUUUCGAGCUCGAUAGCAAGGGGGAGGAAUUGGCUGCUGCUUGGCUGGAGGAUCACAUGGGAAAUCCGUAUUCCAAGUAACUUUGUAUUUUGACUAUACAAUAUGAGGAAUCUAUACCACUCAAUACUGUAUCUACAUCAACUUAAUGAUCUCCUAUUCC